CCCUUUCUGGAGGUGAACGGAUCUUUCACCGCACCCUUCCUCUUUGCUCGCGCACCGCACCUCACCGCACCAUCUCCUCCUCCUCCUCUUCCUCCUCCUCCCGCACUCUCCUCUCUGUAUGGUCCGAGCAGACCCGCGCUGUGGAUGGACAGAGGCGGAAGGCUAGCGCAGGAUGCGGGUUCACGGUGCGGGGCGUGUAUAUGUGCUGGGAAUCCGUCACUGAGCUAGCCGAGCGCUCUCCUUCUCCUACUCCUCCUCCUCUUCUUCUUCCUCCUCCCUCCUCCUCCUCUUCUUCCUCUCCGACAUCAUGGCCAAGCAGUACGAUGUGCUGUUCCGGCUGCUGCUGCUCGGAGACUCGGGAGUCGGAAAGACCUGCCUGUUAUGUAGAUUCACCGACAACGCGUUUCAUCCCUCACACAUUUCCACCAUCGGAGUGGAUUUUAAAAUGAAGACGUUAGAGAUCGAUGGAAUCAAAGUGAGGAUACAGAUAUGGGACACAGCAGGACAGGAGCGAUAUCAGACCAUCACUAAGCAGUACUACAGACGGGCGCAGGGAAUCUUUCUGGUGUAUGACAUCACGAGUGAGCGAUCCUUUCAGCACAUCAUGAAGUGGGCCAGUGAUGUGGACGAGUACGCUCCUGAAAAAGUGCAGAAGGUGCUGAUUGGAAACAAAUCCGACGAGGAACACAAAAGACAAGUGGCCACAGAGCAGGGGAACAAGCUUGCCAAAGCUUAUGGAAUGGACUUUUUUGAGACAAGUGCCUUUACCAAUCACAACAUCACAGAGUCCUUUACCCGUUUAGCUGAGCUGGUGUUGCAGGCUAAUAAAAAGGACCUCGAUCUCCUGCGAGUGUCCAUCAAUGACCAGCUGGAUCUAUCUGCGCUGGAGGAAGAGGCGGGAGUGUGUGACGGCAGCAGUAAUGCCCAAAAGACCUGCUGGUGCUGAGGACAGGAAGUGACAUCAACACAUUUUCUUUUUUCUUAUCCAGUGGCGGAUUUGUUCUUGCUUUUUCCUCCUUCUUCUUCUUCUUCUUCUUCUUCUCAGUUUGGUGCCUUCCAACGAACGAACGAAUGACGUCGGAAGACUCUGCUAUGUUCUUUACCUUCAGGAAGCCUAAAAUAUCCAUCAUGGUAAAGGUGACCACUAGCUAGCAACCUCGUGUCAAGUUCGUAGCGAGAUCAGUCAACAUAAAUUCACACAUUUUAGCAUUACAAUCAUAGGAAUGUGCUCAAUAAAGUCAUAGAGCAGUUUGAGUUACAGUCACAGCUCUUCUGUUUUAAAUUACAGCGCUGGAGAAAUGGUACGCUCCGUCGUAGGGGUGUCCUGGAGACUAAUUUCUACUCUUGCAUCUCUGUCACACGUCUGAUUAAACAUAUUAGUGUUUACUAAUAAACUCAUUCACAAGGCAUUAUA